CCGCCCGAGAUCUCGUCAUGCAAACAAAGAUGGCGGCCCCUUGACGGUCCAUGUGGCGUCACACUCACGGAAAACUCAACAUUUUCAGCUAAACUUCUGCGUUUUCACCGGAAAAAACAACACCGGACAGACUGAAGAUUUGAUCGAACAUCCAGACAAAACAAAAUGCAACACGACGACGUGAUCUGGGACAUAAUCGGGAACACACAGUUCUGUUCCUUCAAAGUCAAAACUAAGAGUCAGAGUUUCUGUCGGAAUGAGUUCAACGUCACUGGUCUGUGUAACCGCUCGUCCUGUCCACUGGCCAACAGCCAGUACGCCACCGUCCGAGAGGACAAAGGUCAGUGUUUCCUCUACAUGAAGGUCAUCGAACGAGCGGCGUUUCCCGCCAAGACGUGGGAGAAGGUCAAACUCAGUAAAAACUAUGAACAGGCUCUGGAACAGAUCGAUCAGAACCUGCUGUACUGGCCCCGCUUCAUCCGACACAAAUGCAAACAGAGGUUCACCAAGAUCACACAGUACCUGAUCCGCAUGCGCAAACUGGUACUGAAGCGCAGGAGGAAGUUGGUCCCACUCAGCAGGAAGGUGGAGAGACGAGAGAAGAGGAAGGAGGAGAAGGCUCUGAUUGCUGCUCAGCUGGACAACGCCAUCGAGAAGGAGCUGCUGGAGAGACUGAAGCAGGGCACGUACGGGGACAUUUACAACUUCCCGGUUCACGCCUUCGACAGAGCGCUGGAACAGCAGGAGGAUGAAGAAGAGGAGGAGGAGGAGGAGGAGGAGGAGGAGGAGGACGUUGGUCAGAGGGAGUACGUAGAAGAGGAACUGGAUGAGAGCGACCUGAGUGACUUUGAGGACAUGAAUAAACUGAGAACGAGCAGCGACGAAGAAGAAGAGGAGGAGGAGGAAGAUGAGGAAGAUGAGGAGGAGGAGAUGGAGGCGGAGACAGAGGCGGAGUCAAAGGGGCGUGGUUCUAAAGGUAAAUCUCCGGCCAACAGGUCGACGCCCACCAGGAAGAAGAAACGCGCAUUCGUGGAGAUCGAAUACGAACAGGAAACAGAGCCCGCCUCCAAGACCAGGACCACAUAGACAGGACUCCGCCUCAGCCAAUCAGACGCUGAGCUCACAGUUCCAUGUACUGUGAUUGGACCGUUGGUGUCUGAGGACUCUUAAGCCACACCCCCUCUGUUUAAUUAUGUCUGUAUUAAUAAAUGAACCUGUGUUUUCAAA